GACGCGGGCGGACGGCGGAGCGGGCGGGGCGUCGACACGCCUCAGUGCAGCAGUGUAGUGGCGCAGCGGCGCAGCAGCGAAAGGCGUGAAGUGAGAAGCGAAGCAGGAGCCAGGCCACGGCGAGGCGGCAUGACGCGCGUGGUGCACAAACUGCACAGCCCGCACAACCUGCACGACCUGCACAGCCCGUACAGCCUAGACGACCUGCACAGCCCGCACAGCCUGCCGCGCGGGGCGUCGCUAGCGGCGCGCAGAGCAGCAAGAGGACCGCGGUUCGAAUACGACCGGCAGACCAUGAGAGCGCCCGGCUGGGCAGGAGCGCCUGGAGCGCCUGGAGCGCUGCGCAUGGACACCUUCCCCACCGCCAACGCAUCCCCAGGCACACUGUCAGGCACACUGUCAGGCACAGGGGUCGCCAUGAUGGACGCCAGCCCGCUGUCGCUGUGCGGCGACGGCCUGCAGAACCUCACCUCGCCCGGCGGCUCGGCCUACUCCAUCGACAAGAACUCGGACCUCGGCGACAUGUACUUCAACAUGACCAAUUAUGUAGGAGACACUUUAAAGAUGAUGUGCAUGAUGAGAAGUCAUCAUAUGCUAACCGAUGUCGUCCUUCAAGCUGGAUCGGAGCAGUUCCAUGCGCAUAAAUUAGUUCUUGCAUCUGCUAGCCCUUAUUUUAAAGCUAUGUUUACUGGAGGAUUAAAAGAGUGUGACAUGUCACAUGUUAAACUUCAGGGGGUGUGCCCAACAACCCUGGCGCGCAUUCUUACAUUCAUGUACACAGGAGUCAUCAGAGUCACUGAAGUUACUGUUUGCCAGCUCCUACCCGCAGCUACCAUGUUUCAAGUUCCAGAUGUUAUUAGUGCUUGCUGUGUAUUUCUGGAAAGACAACUUGAUCCCUCAAAUGUGAUUGGUAUUGCCAAUUUUGCUGAACAGCAUGGCUGCAAGGAGCUACACGAAAAAGCAAACCAAUUUAUUGAACAACAUUUUAGCCAGAUUUGUCAAGAAGAAGAAUUCUUCCAACUGUCUGCUAUGCAGUUAGUAGCUCUAGUCAAGAAAGAUGCCCUCAAUGUUCAGGAUGAACAGGAAGUUUAUAAUGCAGUUUUACAGUGGGUUAAAUAUGACGAAGAAAAUCGUAGGCCUAAAAUGGAACACAUUCUUCAAGCUGUGCGCUGUCAAUUUCUUACUCCUGCAUUCUUAUCAAAACAAAUGAAAAGUUGUGAUUUACUAAAAAAGCUGCCUCAAUGCCGCAAGUAUCUAGCUCAAAUCUUUAAGGACAUGACAUUACAUAAAAAGCCAGUUGUGAAAGAAAGGACACCCAACACACCACGAGUUAUCUACAUCGCUGGUGGAUAUCUUAGGUACUCAUUAGAUAUUUUAGAAGCUUUCAAUGCAGACGAUAGAACGUGGACACCUCUUGCAAAACUGACAGUACCAAGGUCAGGACUUGGUGGUGCAUUUCUGAAGGGUAUGUUUUACGCUGUUGGUGGGCGAAACAAUGCUCCUGGCAGCAGUUACGACUCAGACUGGGUAGACCGUUACCAUCCAGUCUUAGAUCAGUGGCGUCCCUGCAGCCCCAUGACCACCCCUCGCAAUCGGGUGGGUGUAGCAGUCAUGGAUGGGUAUCUGUACGCGGUGGGGGGCUCCUCAGGAAGUGACUAUCAUGAUAGCGUUGAAAGGUAUGAUCCAGAUGAAGACAGGUGGACCUUGAUUUGUCCCAUGGCCAAAAAGCGGCUAGGAGUGGGAGUAGCUGUUGUUAACAGAAUGCUGUAUGCAAUGGGUGGUUAUGAUGGCUCUUUGAGACUUAACAGUGCUGAAUGCUAUCAUCCAGAGAACAAUGAAUGGACACCCAUCUCUUCUAUGCGUGUCGCCCGUAGUGGAGCUGGUGUUGCUACUCUCAACAAUCAUGUGUACAUAGUUGGUGGAUAUGAUGGAUCCAAACAAUUAAGUUCAGUUGAGCGUUAUGAUACUGAAACUGACACAUGGGAAUUCCGGGCACCAAUUAGAAUUGCUCGCUCUGCCUUGAGUGUCACUGUUCUUGAUGGAAAAUUAUAUGCCAUGGGAGGAUAUGAUGGUUCUUCCUUUUUGUCAAUCGUUGAAGUCUAUGAUCCAUUGAGAGAUGUCUGGGAUGAGGGCGAGCCUCUCACUUCUGGGCGGUCGGGUCAUGCCUCAGCUGUAUCGUACCAUCUGUGUGUGAUUCAUUGCGACCAGCAUGAGCAUGCGUUGAGUACAGACUCAUCCCUUGGAGGCUGCAGUACUCGCCCGAGCCAUACUCUAAGUGCUUUAACUGGAUCAUCAUUAAAUGGAGUGCAUGGUGUGAAUGGUGCAAGCAACAUGAACAGUGCGAACGGUUUCACUACUGAACCAAGGACUAACGGUGUGGGUGCGUCUUCAAACCCAUUUUUAACCCCUGGCCGGGGACUUCCGGAUGGUUCCGGCCCUAGUCCUCCCUUUGGCCCUUAGGCCCUCAAGAUAAAACAUUUAUCAGUGGUGUUACCAAAAUAUGGUGAAAUUAAUUUUGAAAUUUGAUAUAUUGUGUUUCAACCGGUUUGAUCUGAUUUCUUGGGUGAAGUUUCUGAAAUCGUAAGGGUUUUGAAGAACUUCUGGUAAGUGCUCUCAAUGUACUGUCUACCAUCUAUUUAAAAAAUUGAUCCACUUGUAAAAGUAUUUUUAUAUUACUUUACCUGAUGUACAUAUGUAUUAGAUAGUAACUCCCAUUCCUUCCUAACUGUACAUUAUAUUUAUGUCAUUGAUGAAAAAUCUAGUUUUCUAUGAUUACGUAAUAUAUUUUAAGAAAUUUGUAAUAUAGCCAAAGUUGUUACCUGUGAUAUUCUCAUGAUGGUUGGUAUGAGAUAUUGAUGCGCUCAUGCAAAUCUCUGCUCACUUCUCUGGGUACAGCCAAUGUGUCAAAAGAUAUUGAUUUUAGCAAUAGUUGCCAAGUGAUAAUGUUGCUGCUACCUGCAUGUUGAUACCUGGCCGCCACACCACAUACCUCGGGUAUCUAUUACACUUGCAUUUUUGUUUGUAUGUUUGUCAGUGGUCCUUGACCUCAAAGACCAAUUGGGUGGGGUGGGGGGGGGGGACAUGUCUGCCUCUCGACCCCCAUUUCCUAUGUGGUGUUUCAUUAUGGUUUGAUUAUGGUGGCUUUUUCGAUCCUUUUUUAUAAAUUGUUAUGAAUGUCCAAAAUUUGUUUAGGAAAUGUGUUUAUUUUUCCAACCACUUUGUACACUCUUUACUAUGUCCAAAUAUCUGUCUACUUCCCUCAAUUAAUGUAAACGGAAAGGAGGUUUCCGUUUUCCCCCUUGUCAUUCCUUAUUGUACCCACCUAGUGUUCAUGAUUCUCAUGUAGUAAUUGAUUGUCAAUUAAAAUUUGAUAUUUAUUGCUCUGAAA